AUGGCGAAAAGUUCUUCAGCCAAUCAGCGAUUUUCUCGGAAUGUUGCUAGAAGAAGCCGCGUUACAGCGCCAUCUAGACAGGAAGCAGGCUUUGUCAGCAGAAACAUAAGUCCAUUUACUCGACGAUCCCGCACAGCACCACGAGCCCGUGCAACGCCGACUAGAAGACAAGAAAAUACUAGAAGACAAGAAAAUGGAUUCUCUGAUAUUCUUAGGAGAAGAAAUAUUCCUCAAAGGCAUUCAUCAGUAAGCAGACCACACAGACUAUCAAUUCAACCUAGCAACACAGCAAAUAACAGACUUGUGUCUGUCCCGAAAUCGUUAUUGACAGAACUCUUAGAAAAUGCAAGGCUUUUAAAUAGAAAAUUAAAUUCCAACCAAGUGAACACAGUGCCCCAAACAGUAACACAGCCCCCUAUAAGAUUGUCUAUAUCCCCAAACAAUAUGGUUAACAGUUUGACUAGUAAUCUCGGAAGUCAGUUACAAAAUCUUCUUCAAUGGAAUCAGAUUCAAAACGUUCUGGAUUCUUCAAUUCAGCAGAGGGUUCCUAGCAUACCGUCAAGUCUAUCUUUCCAACCAAACAUAGGAGAGACGCUGACAAAUGAUCAAACUUUAAUGAUACUACCUACUAUGACGCCGCAAAUUAUCAUCGCUCCUCCAACAGAACCCACCAUACCAGAAUACAAGCCCACGCAGUUCGACCUCGCUUUGCAGGCACAUAUUUUGGAUGAAAUUGGAUUCGAAAAUCUCGUCACUGAACCACCAGAUGCCUCUGAGGUUCGCCAUUCACAUCCUCAAAAGAAACCUAAAAAGACAAAGAUAGUUAUCAAGACUAACACCAAAAGUAAACAAACAAAUCAGAAUAAUAACAAAGUGUCGAUAAACCAGCAAGGACUUAACAGCUUACAAGAGAUUGCUGCCGUGACGUCAACGACGCUUAAGCCAAUCAAAAUUGUAUUCAGCGGUCUGCAGAGUUCGCUUGUUCCUGAUGUUAUGACCACACCUUCACCAGCAGGACCUAUUAGUGUUAAUAACAAUCAAAAACUCAUCAUCACACCGUCUGGGAACUAUACAAUUCAACAUCUUCCAGUUGGCAAUAAUGGAUUCCAAAUAGCAUGA